ACACGGUGGAGCAGCGCGAAAAGAAGAAAACCCCACCAUUUCCUCUUGACUUAGCCGUCGCUACCUUGCAGAAAAUUCCAGCAAUGGGUUACGUGCAGGAAGCUCGUGAAAAUCACGUCAAAAAGAAAGUUGAAGAAGCUUUGAGGAGCAAGAUGAAGCAAAAGGCACUAAAAGAAUGUGAUCAGUACACUUCGAAAUAUGCGCAAUGUGCUGCUGGGAAGACUAUUUCUGUUGUAUGGCAAUGUCGUAAGCAAGCUAAAGAAUUGAACAAUUGUCUUCAUCAAUUCACCAACGAUGUUGUGUUGGAAGAAAUGAAGAAAGAAUACAUGCUUCAGGAAAAUCAGAAAGGAACUUCAAGAGUCUAAGCUCAUUUCCGUUUCCAGUGCUGGGCUACAGAGCCUUGUAAACAAGUAUUCAACGUACAACUUAUUUGUUUUAAUCCAUAUCGUUGCCCUGGAACUUAUAUUUUCUGCAUUGGUUAAAUGGUGGACCUAUAUGGAAUUGCAGUUUGAGAUUUUGGGAUAUCUAAAGCAAAUGUUGUUUGUUAAGAGUAAAUUAAGUUAUGCAA